AUGCUGACAAAAUUUAAUCAAGCAUAUUCAGAAUUAAUCGGGAAACUACCUCCACUAGAAAAUGAAGCUUGGAAACGUCUUAUUUCUAGAAAGCGAAAUCCAAUAACAGAAGAGGAUGCUAGUACCAUUAACCCCUUAAUAGAAUCAUUUUUGAAUCACGAAAUAUCACGAUUGUAA